UCUGCGCGCUCGGCAGGUUCACCGUGCGACCGUGCGUCAACGGCGUGAAACACAAACCGAUUCGGUGUAGCGGUUGGGUCAAGUUGCCGCACAAGGAGUUUCUGCGCACUGUGGCGGCGCGGCGAUCGCUUCCUUUAGGAGUCAUCCCCAUUGGCCGUUUCGUCGGGGGUAGCGCCCUUUUUUCUCGCUGAAGUUUGUGAGGGCCCGCAAAACGUGGUGGCCGUCAUCGCUGGUCGGUUCAGACAAUGGCACGGGCUGUGUUUAAAUUUUCGCGCCUGCUGCAAAAGGAAGGCGGCCUGUCAUCCCCCGCCGCUGCGUUCGUCCUUCAGAACAGGUCUUAUUGCACCGACAAGAGGAUUGAGGUCAAAAACCCCGUUGUGGAACUGGAUGGAGAUGAGAUGACCCGGAUCAUCUGGGAGAAGAUCAAGGAGGAGCUGAUCUUCCCCUUCCUGAAGCUGGACUGCAAGUACUAUGACCUUGGUCUUCCCAGCCGUGACAAGACGGACGACCAGGUCACCUUUGAUGCUGCCCACGCAAUACGCAAAUACAAUGUCGGCAUCAAAUGUGCCACCAUCACCCCUGAUGAGGCAAGGGUUGAAGAGUUCAACCUGAAGAAGAUGUACCCAAGUCCCAAUGGGACCAUCCGCAACAUCCUGGGUGGCACAGUGUUUCGGGAGCCCAUCCUGUGCAAGAACAUCCCCCGCCUGGUGCCCGGCUGGACGCAGCCCAUCGUGAUCGGAAGGCAUGCAUUCGGAGAUCAGUACAAGGCGAUGGACCGCACAGUGACCAAGAUGGGCAAGGUGGAGUUGGUGUUCACCCCGUACGAGGGUGGCGAGAAACAGCGGUACAUCGUGUUCGACUUCAAGAACUCCGGUGGAGUGACAAUGGCCAUGUAUAACACGGACGAGUCCAUCCAGGGCUUUGCCCACAGCUGCUUCCAGUACGCCCUGAUGAAAGAGUGGCCCCUGUACCUGAGCACCAAGAACACCAUCCUGAAGCAGUACGACGGACGUUUCAAGGACAUCUUCCAGGAAAUCUACGAGAGUGAGUACAAGGACAAGUUUGAGGCUAAGAAGAUGUGGUACGAGCACAGGCUCAUCGAUGACAUGGUUGCCCAAGUGCUCAAGUCUUCGGGUGGGUUUGUCUGGGCCUGCAAGAACUACGAUGGAGACGUCCAGUCCGACAUUAUUGCUCAGGGUUACGGCUCUCUCGGCCUGAUGACGAGCGUCUUGGUAUGCCCCGACGGAAAAACGGUGGAGGCCGAGGCCGCACAUGGAACUGUCACCAGGCACUACAGGGAACACCAAAAGGGUAAAAAGACUAGCACAAACCCGAUCGCCAGCAUUUUCGCCUGGACACGUGGUCUGGAACAUCGAGCAAAACUGGACAACAAUGACGAGCUUCACAGGUUUUGUACGGCACUGGAGUCGGCCUGCAUCGACACCGUUGAGGGCGGCAAAAUGACCAAAGAUCUGGCCGGCUGCAUUCAUGGACUGAAAAAUGUCAAAGAAGGAGACUACUUGAAUACAAUGGACUUUCUGGAGGCAAUCACAGAGUCCCUCAAGACCAAGCUCAGCAAGUGAUGUCAAGCUUCUGCGUAUGCAGCUUGACAAAUAAUUUGAAGAGAUUUUUGUACACAGGUUCUCCACCUCAUCUCAGAAAUGUUCCGCAAUAAAUUGGUAUUUUUUAAGAACA